AAUAUAUUACUUGAACCUCAACAAUAUUUAAUAAUGUCAAUAUAUAUUAUUUACCGUAAUUCAAACAAUUUUCUAAUUUAAACCUCUAUUAAUUGUGAUAGUUAAUUUAUCUACAAUACAUUCCUUAUUGAUAUACUGUUAAUUCAAUCAUAGUUAUGGUUUAUUAGUGUCAUUGACUUUAUAUAACUAGAAUUUACACAAAUAAUAGUUGUGAUUACAGUUGUAAUAAAAAUUUAAUAUUACUUUGUGCUGUGGAAACCUCAAUUAUAAUUGUAUUUUCUUAAUCUAAAGACUACUACAACGAAUUAAGAAGGCAUUAAAAAAUUAGAAUAUCAAGAAACACAAGAGAUGAGUUGAAAAUCGAAUAUGAAAUUGAGAAAUAUUUCGGCUAUAUUGGCCGCGUUUUCCGUCCAUUUGAUUCGUCUUUCGGUAGCUGCAGUGACCACAGGAUCUAAACCAUUCCCAGGAUUAGAAAAUUUACCAAGAUCUUUCUGGCAUGAGCUUAGUUCACCUUUUACUGAGAUAUAUGGAGUGGAAGAGUCUACAACAGAGAAUGUUGCAACUCCUGAGCCCAGACCUUUUUUUCAAGAUCCUGAGAUUAAUAUUACCGUUCAACUUGGUGCAUCAGUACACUUUCAUUGCAGAGUUGAAAAUUUACAAAAAAGAACAGUUUCAUGGGUUCGUAGACGCGGUGACGAGCUUCAUUUGCUAACCUUUGGUAUUCACACAUACUCGAGUGAUUCCAGGUUCUCAUUGGAUUAUCAAAUGCCAAACGAUUGGCGGUUAUUACUACGAUCAGCGACUGAACGAGACGCAGGCGUUUACGAGUGUCAAGUUAGUGUUCAUCCACCCUUGACACGAACGAUUUAUUUGACAGUUUCCGUACCACGUGUUGAAAUAGUUGACGAGCAUGGUGCAACUGCUGGUGACAAAUUUUACAAAGCAGGCAGUACAAUUGAGUUAAAAUGUGUUGUGAGCAAAGUUCCUCAUCCUACUGGCUAUGUAAUAUGGAGGCAUGGAACUCGAAUGCUAAAUUAUGAUACUAUUCGCGGGGGAAUCAGCGUUAAGACUGACAUGGGCGCCGAGGGGGCGGUUUCGCGGCUGUAUAUUGCAAAUGCCAACAAAAAAGACAGCGGAAACUACAGCUGCGCUCUAGCGGAUAUCGCUGCAACAACAGUCUCCGUUCAUGUACUUAACGGGGAAAAUCCAGCAGCAAUGCAACAUGGUACUAGUUCAGACUUAAGAUCCACUUACCUUAUUCUUGUUAUAUUAAUGAUUACAUCAAGACUUUGUAGGUGACCAUAAAACAGACGUAUUUCAACACUGCCCUUUAUCAACGAUUUUAUGUUUAUUAUAAUUCUUGAUUAAUACAUUACUGUAUUACGGCAGUAAAAUACGCACUUCUAUUCCCCGUUACAGCAGUCAUUUUACCCUCAGUAAACCGAAGAACUCGCCGGAAGUCCGUACGUUUUUCCACCGACACGUGACAAAUAUCGGAAGUGCGUAUGUUCUAGCCAUUGGCCCUCGAUAGAUAAAUCCACAACAAAUAUCACGAAUAUCAUGAUAUUUGUCGCAUACCUACGUAAGUAGAUCUGCCCAGGCUCAGAGUAAAUCACCGUUAACAAACUAUGCCAUAAUACUCGGCAGUUUAUAAUACAAUUUCUGCACAUGUUAACGGUGAUUGUUUAAAUAAAAAAAAUAGACUAAUAUAAUUUUUAUGAUUUACUCAUAAAUUAACAGUGAUUGUUUGAAUGAAAAAAAAAAAAAUUGAAAAAUUGUUCAUUUGAACAACUGUUCAAAGGUUGAUGACAUGUGUCAGAGGAGGAAAAGUUUGUGCGCUCAUCCGCCGCUUAGUGGUGACUCCUGAAACUAUUUGGCACAUAGAUGUCAUCUACCUUUUAACAGCCGUUCAAAUGGACAACUUUUGUUUUUUUAAUUGUUAAAAAUUUUUUUUUCUAUAAAUAAAGGAAAAAAUUAAUUGUAAGAAAAAAAAAUUACAAUAAAAUUAAGCUUUUAAUAUUAUAAAGAGAUUUUAUUUUUAUUAAUUUAUAAUCAUUUUGAUAUACAAAAAUAAUUAAAUUUCAAUAAAUAUUUGAAAAAUAAUGACGGACUAGAUUUGCGUAUUACUUCUUGAUUAAUAUGAGAAUUAAAUAAAAAUAAUCAAUCAACUGAAUUAACAUAUUGUAGGACAUGCCGAAAGCUAAAAGUUAUAGACAAUACCAGCCAUCAUCAAUCAUUCCUUUCUUAUUAUAUAACAAUGGUCAUUUAUACAAAGUUAAUUUAUCAAGAUAACUAACUUUUUAUGAAACUUAAAAUUGUUUAAAAAAUUGCUGAUUUUUUUUUUCACUCUAAAAAUUUAAAUAAAUAUUGUCAAAAGUUUAAAAAUAUAUAAAUCCUGAACGAGUGGCUAAAAAAGUAAGCGUUGUAUCAUGAAAGCAAACGUAUUUUAGAUAACAAUAUUAUUAUGAUCCAUGUCAUCUUUAUUAAAAUCGAAACAAAAUAAUUUUUAAUCAUUAUAAAUAGUGACACUCGUAUAAUUUGACACGAUAUAUAGUUAAAAAUAACUAAAUUUUAACUUUUAUUUAUGGCUUUAUUAAUUGAUUUAAAAAAAUGAUAAUAAUAAUAAUAAUAAUAAUAAUAAUAAUAAUAAUAAUAAUAAUAAUAAUAAUAAUAAUAAUAAUAAUAGUAAGAUGGUUAUUGAGUAAUUUAAAUAAUUUUAGUAUUGUUUGAUACGUGAAUUUACUAACAUAUCAAAUAAUUCAAAUUUUUAACGUGAAAUC